AAGCCUACCAGACCUUUUUCUUUUUCUAUAAUUUACACUUCUUUUUCAGUUUCCCAAACCAUUUACACACGCAGCUACUAUCAUGGCCACUCCAACUCUUGCCCACUUUAAGCUUCCCGUCAUCGAAAACGAGGCUAUGCUCAACUAUGCUCCCGGAUCUCCUGAAAGAGCCAAGAUCGAACACGCCUUGAAGGAAAUGAUUGCAAAUGGUCCUGUUGAAAUCCCUGUGGUUAUCAAUGGUGAAAAGAUCUUCACCAAAAAGAUUGCUACUCAGGUCAAUCCUUCUGAUCACAAGAAGAUCGUCUGCAAGUAUCAUGAAGCCGAUGCCGCAUUGACCAAGAAGGCUAUUGAGGGUGCCGAAGAGGCCAAGGCUCGCUGGGAAAGCCUUCCUUUCAACGACCGCGUGGCUGUGUUCCUCAAGGCCGCCGAUCUCUUGGCCGUCAAGUACCGCUACAAGGUCAUGGCUGCCACCAUGCUCGGCCAAGGCAAGAACAUCUGGCAGGCUGAGAUCGACGCUGCUGCCGAGCUUUGUGACUUCUUGCGCUUCAACUGCAAGUAUGCCGAAGAGAUCUACCAGCAGCAGCCCCCAAAGAACUCGCCCGGAACAUGGAAUCGAACCGAGUUCCGUGCUCUGGAGGGCUUUGUCCUGGCCGUUUCUCCUUUCAACUUUACUGCCAUUGGUGGCAACUUACCUGCCGCCCCUGCUCUGAUGGGUAACGUUGUGAUCUGGAAGCCUUCGCCAGGUGCGGUCUACUCCAACUACCUGGUCUACGAGAUCCUGGUCGAGGCCGGCUUACCUGCUGGUGUGAUCCAGUUUGUUCCCGGACCUGCUGAGGAAAUCGUCGGGGCCGCCAUUUCGAACCCCUCCUUUGCCUCACUUCACUUUACUGGCUCUACUCACGUAUUCCGCAAGCUGUGGAAGGAUAUCGGCAACAACAUCGACAUCUACAAGUCCUAUCCCCGAGUGGUUGGCGAGACCGGCGGUAAGAACUACCACAUGCUGCACCCUAGUCUCGACAAGGACGGUGUCCGCCACGCCGCUCUCCAGACCAUCCGUGCCGCAUUUGAGUACCAGGGCCAAAAAUGCUCUGCCUGUAGCCGUGUCUAUGUUCCAAAGUCCCAGUUUGCCGAUUUCCGCCGUGAGUUGCUGGCCGAGCACGCAAAGAUCAAGCAGGGAUCUGUCGAGAAAUUCGAGAACUUUAGUGGACCUGUCAUCAGUCAGUUUGCAUUCGACAAGAUCAAGGGGUACAUUCAGCACGCAGCCACUGCUGAGAAGGGCACUGAGAUUAUUGCGGGUGGUAAGUGUGAUGACUCGGUCGGCUACUUUAUCGAGCCCACUAUCAUCCUGACGACCAAGAAGGAUGCAAAGACUCUGGUUGAGGAAAUCUUUGGACCUGUUGUGACCAUUUACGUCUACGAAGACGCCGAAUUUGCCCAGACUUGCAAGUUGGUCAGUGACACUACUCCUUAUGGACUUACCGGUGCUCUGUUUGCUCGCGACCGUGAUUCUAUUGUUGCCGGCUCUAACCUGUUGCGCAACACUUCGGGUAACUUUUAUAUCAAUGACAAGUGCACUGGUGCUGUGGUUGGUCAACAGCCCUUUGGUGGUGGACGUGCUUCGGGUACCAAUGACAAGGCCGGCAGUUCCUCUCUCUUGAUCCGCUUUGUCUCUACUCGCUCUAUCAAGGAAAGCUUUGUUCCUAUUGAGGGAUUUGCUUAUCCUUCCAACUUGGUCUAAAGACUUCUUUACAUUUAUUCCCUUAAUUUUUUUUUUAUUUUUUUCCUCUUCUUAUAUGUAUUUACAACUAAGUAUUUCUUUCUUCUUACACACACACACACACACAAAAUGGGAAGAAGAAGAAAAAGGCAGUGAGAAUUGAGGGACUAGUAAGAAUGGGAAAAAAAAGGUGUCUUGAAAGGAUCCUCUUUCUCUUUCUUUAUGCCAUCUUAUUUCAUAUUCUUCUUCUUCUUCUUCCUUCCUUCCCUUUUCUUUAUUUGUAUACUUUCGCUUUCGUUUUCUCUUUCUCUCUUUCUAUAUAUCUGGUUUCGCUCACAAACACAAUGCCCAAGUAAUUACUGAAAAAAUAAAUAAAUUGACUCGAGAUAAUUCUGCAUAGUUUUUUUUUGGGGGAUUAUUAUAUUAUAUUAUAUUAUAUUAAUAUACUGCUGUUUUAAUAAUAAUAAAUAAAUAAAUAAAUAAAUAAAUAUAAAAAAAAUCAUUUUUCUCUUUAAAUUAAUUUAUUAAUUCUUGGAUUUAAUGUGAGCAUUUGGUGCAAGGCAUUGCUCGGCUACAUCGGGUACUACUUGGACUUGAAUACCAUGGGAUUGUAGCUGAGCAAUACCUGUGCAGACAACCAAGUGCGGUGGUUCUUUGAUCCCUAACACGACGCGUUUGAUAUCUGCCUCGAUUAAACGAUCUGUACAGGGACGAUUUCCUGACAGUCGUGUUGAGCAUGGUUCCAUUGUGGUGUACAUCGUUGCUCCUUUGAACAACUCUCUGGUGUUGUCUUUGUUUGGUGCUACUACCUUGGCCAGUGCACAUUCUUCUGCGUGGGUGUUUCCGGGUAGCUCACGAGAGAAUCCGGUACUGAGCACAGUGUUGUCCUUGACCAGGACAGCACCUACACAGUAAGCACCUUCAACAGGAACCGAGAGAUUGGCUUGUUCGAUAGCCAGUUGCAUGUAUUUGGCAUCUUCUUUGUCGGUCGUAAAAGUGGUGGAGUCCAUGGUCAAUAGAAGAAGGAAAGAAAAAG